GCAAUCCUGUAUUGUUACAGUUUUUUACUUUUAGCGCUAUUUCAUGCCGUGCCUAAUUCAACUUAUUGCCUUAUCUUAUAUAAUAAUAAGCUAAAAAUCUAGAGAAGAUGUCUUGUGAAAAGAAAAUUAAAAAGCUGACUGCAUCUGACUCUGACUUAAACAAAUCAAAUGCUGUAGAUAAACCAGAGAAACCACCUGGAUGUAAAAGUAACAUGACUACUAAAAGAAAGAGUGCACAGAAUGACUCUGAUCUACCUGUUAAAAAAGUGAAAAAAUUUAAAGCAGAUGAAAAAAAAAUCACAUCAAAAUCUGUUACCAAUGGGACGCCAAACAAAUGUAGCAAAAAAACAAAGACUAGAAAAAUAAUAAAUGCAAAGCAAACAAAAGUGUCACAGUCGAGUAAGAAUGAUGAUUUGAACAAAACCAACAUUCAGAUUGUGACAACUUUAAACAAUGAGUCAGAAAAAUGUGCUGUCAAAAAGAGAGCACUACAAAAUGAAAACAAAGUAAAUAAGGUGACAGCCAUUAAGAAAAAUAAAAAUGACAGCAAUUCAAAACUACAAGAUGCAACAGCAAAGAAUCUUUCACAGACUAAAGUCCUUAAAAAACAAAAGCUGGAAGAUCAAUCUCAGACACCACCUAAAAACGUUGUAAAGAAAAUUGGUAAACUUCCUGCCUCACAGCCUAAAAAUUUCAAAGAAAAAUUACCCUCACCACAACCCAUAAAACCAAUAGAUGUGAAUGACCCACUAACAAUGUUAAUGAUGAUGGAAGGAAACAGAAAUCUUGCAACAUCCUCUAUGGGAUCUUUUCAGCCAUCUGAAGCAGGAGCCUCCACUUCUCAAGAAAUGGUUUACUCAGAUGAAGACAGUGAAAUGUCGCAAGAGGAAAUAGAUUCAGAAGAAAUGUCAGAAUGGGAGGAGGUUCAAAGUCAUAGUGUAAAUGAAGAAAAGUCACAACUUCCUGAUAAACCUGUGGAGAUAACAUUAGAAAUGCCUGAUAUCUUAAAACAUAAGAAAAGAAACAAAAAAGCAUUUGACUGGAAACUAUAUUUAAACAGACGAGUAAAACGAUUCAAAAAAGAAGUAGCCAUAGAUAUGCAUAAGGUGCACCUUCUUUGUCUUCUCUCCCUUGGCUUGCAACAAAAUCAAGGCCUUAAUGAUCCAACAGUUUUGGCUCUUGCUUUCUCCCUCCUCCCAGCACAGCUCACAGUCAAAUCUAAAUCCAAUUUGGAAACGCAAGUUGAAAAUCUUCUUGCCUGCUAUAAGAAAAAAUUUCCACUAGACAAAAUUAAUCACUGUACAGACAUCAAAUUAAUACAAGCUCCAACUCUGAUUUCUUCAAUUUCUGAAGAGACUAUAUCAGAUGCCAGGGUCUGGGUUCUGAUUUUUAUUGCUCUGCUUAGAUCUGUUGGAGUUACUGUGCGACUCAUCCUUUCAUUCCAGCCAAUGCCUUUUAAAGUUAGUGAGAAUGGUGAUAAAAGUAAGGAAGUGAAAGAACUGAAGAAUAAAGUCAAGAAACAACAAAACAAAAAGCCUAAGAGUGAUACUGUCAAAACAAACUCAUCCAGCAAAAAGUCUAAAUCCCAUGAGAGUAGCUCACAAGUUGCUCGGCGCUCAUCCAUGAGAGAGUCAGGCAAGAAGGCAGCUGAGAAAAACAAGAAAACCCUAGAAAUUUUGAGCCAUAGCUCUAGUGAUGAAGAAAGCAAAGAGUCCAGUCAGAAGACCUCUAAAGACAAACUAAGUAAAACUACAAAGAUAAAGGCAAAGAAUAAAACUGAGAAAUCAGAGAGUGAGACUUGGAAUGAAGACUCCAGUUCAGAAAAAGAGUUUCAAGAAGUCAGUUUCUAUUCCCCAAAAUCUCUGAAGAAAGAUUUGAAAAUUUUAUCCAACAGGAAGAUAUUGUCUCCCUCUACCAGUGAUGAAGAAGACAGUCAAACUAAAUCUGGUGUUCUUGGUCAUGAUUUUUGGUUAGAAAUUUAUUUUCCAAAAACAAAGAAAUGGAUCUGUUUUGAUUGUUUUAAAUGUCAGUUUGGUAAACCUCACUCACUGGAGAACUCUGCUACACAGCCCUUGAGUUAUGUCCUAGGAUUUAAGAAUGAUGGCAGUGUUAGAGAUGUCACUGCCAGAUAUGCCAGACAAUGGCUGUCACACACUAGAAAACUGAGAACAGAUGAAGAGUGGUGGACACAGACACUGUUUAUGUUUGACCAAACAUCUUUUGAAGAGAGAACUUUGGAAGAUGAUGAUAUCAAAAGUCAUCUUCUAGUACGUCCAAUGCCACAAACUAUUGGAGAAUUUAAAAAUCACCCUUUAUAUGCUCUACAACGCCAUCUUCUCAAGUUUGAAGCUAUUUAUCCAGAGACCGCUGUUCCGCUUGGUUACAUACGGAAGGAGCCAGUGUAUGCCAGGGAAUGUGUUCGUGUUCUUCAUUCAAGAGACAACUGGCUUAAAGAAGGCCGUUUGGUUAGGCUUGGUGAGAAACCUUAUAAAAUGGUGAAAUCCAGACCAAAGUGGAAUAAGCCAAAAGAAAAUCCAGAUGCCCUAGACCUUGAACUAUUUGGUGAAUGGCAGACAGAGAUUUACAUGGCACCACCAGCAUUUAAUGGAAAAGUACCAAAGAAUGAUUAUGGUAACGUAGAACUCUUCAAGCCAUGGAUGUUACCUAAAGGCACUGUACACAUUAAAGGGCAAGGAAUGAAUAGAGUUGCCAAGAAACUAAAUAUAGACAUUGCCCCUGCAAUGAUUGGAUGGGAUCAUCAUUGUGGAUGUUCUGUACCACUAAUGGAUGGCUGGGUUGUUUGUGAAGAAUAUGCUGACACACUGAUGACUGCCUGGUUGGAAGAUCAGGAAAUUCGUGCACAAAGGGAACAAGAGGCUCUAGAAAAACGAGUGUAUGGGAACUGGAGACGUUUGAUUCGUGGAUUGUUAAUUAAAGAAAGAUUAAAGAAGAAAUUUUUGCAGAAUGACCAGUUAGUUGUGACAGCUGAAAAAGAGGCUACAUUCUCUGAUGGUGAAGAGGCGUGUGAUGCCCAACAAUCCUGGCCUUGCAACCGCCAACAGGAAGUGAUCAAAGAAAUAUCUAAAAAGGGCACAAAGUCCAAACUCUUGGCAGCAUCUAAAGAAUCUGAGCUGUGUGAAGCAAAGCCAGAAGAAAUGAACAAUUUAGAAAAUAAUUUUGGUGAUGACACAAAAGAUGAAGUUAAAUUGAAUUUACUAACAAAAGUCAAAGAAGAUAAUGUAGGCCGAAAGUCUAGUGUGAUCUCAAAUGAAAGAAAAACAAAGUUAAAACUAAAACAAGUCAAAGCUCAGCAGACUAAGGUGAAGGAUGAAGAAACCAGCUCUGGAGAAUCAGAUGAAGAGACAGACAGAAAGCUUAAAGGGAAAGGAAUCAUUGUUUCUCAAAAGAAAUUUGCGAAAAUGGAUAAAAGAGUUCUGGAACAGAAAAACAAAGGGAAGCAAUCAGUGCUAGGUACACACCCAGAAAAGAGAGGCAAGGCAAGACAAUCAAGUGCCAAGAAAAAUAAUCGUAAGAAGAAAUCUGAGGAUGAAACAGAUGAUGAAGAGUCAGAGAGUGAUGAAGGGCCUGGUCAUUUAGCAAAGGCUGCUUCAAAAGGACGUCAGAGCUUGUCAAGGCAGGCUAAGGCUAACAUUAAAUUUGUGGACAAGAGUGAUGAUGAAGAAAGCUUUGAAGAAGAUUGAUCUAUUCAUACUGUGAGCUUUGGAAAUACUCAAUCAGUGUAUAUACUAUGUAUAUGUUGAAGGUAAAAAAUAUUAGUGAUCUGAACAUUUGAAUAAUGUAUGUGAUACUAUUUUGAACAUAAUCUUGUUGAGAGAAUACUGUCUAUAAAAAAAAUUAGAUAGUUUUUUGAAUCUCACUAACAAACAUUGAUUCCACUUUCUCAUUUUUGUACUUAAGUAGCUUUAAGGAAUUUUUUUCUUUGUAGCAAUGAACUACUAAUAAGCACUUGUUGACAAAGUCUAUGUGAUAUUUUCUGAAUUAGAUUUGGUCUCAGAGUACUACCUACAUUUUAGUAAUAUUGAAUAACAAGCCUGAUAACUAUAGUCAUUAAAUGAUUAUUGCUCAAUAAUUGCUUGACUCUCGGAUAAGGAGAGUUCUUUUUUAAACUAUUUGUAUUGAAUGCCAUUAAUAGAGAAAUUGAUUACAUUUGUUUCCACUUGCAGUGUAGUAAAAUCUUUGACCACAAUUUACUUUUGAUUGCCAUGUUUACAGAGAACAUAGAAUUAUACAAUGGGUUAGCUACAAACCAUUUACUUAAUUACAUUCCAUGACAACUUCUGUUAAACAACUUAGUGUUUGUCUUGGACAAUUGAAAAUAGCAAUCAGCAGUUUUAACUAACAACAUUAGGAUAUAUUUAAUUUUAACUCUUUCUCUCCUAACUGACGAUACCGAUGUUGAUUUAACCCCAUAAAUAAAUUCUUGGUUUUAUAAACUUUUAUUUGAGCAUGCAUUCUUCUAUAAAUAUAUACCUAAUAUAACAUUUUCUGAUUACAUACAAAAAAGUUAUUGAAGUUUUAUCAUAACAGGGUAGUGAAACACAAAUGAACAAAAUUAAUAAUUCCACAAGAACGUGGAAAAUAAUGCUAGAAUGUCAACAUUUUAACUCAUUCAUCCCAUCAAUGUGUGUGUGUGAACAUUCAAUGAAUCAGGUAUUGUUAAUUUGUAAAGUACUUAUAGUUUGUUUAUGUAAAGAUAAACCAAGUUUGUAGGAAUUUAGAAUCAUGUACAGGUACAGCAUUUAUUGAGUCCUGCACUGAUUGUUUUUUUUUACUAAAGUAUAUUGACUUGUUUUUUAUAAGUGGCAUUAUUAUUGUUAAUGUUAAUUAAAUUUCUAUUUGUUACUGCCUAUUACAAUGCUAAUGAUAAUUGUCUGUACAAAACUGAACAGCCAUCAAAUUUUUAUGUUCAUUCAUUAUAACUUUAUUGACAUGACAAUAUAGUUUUCUAUCAGCAUUGUACCUUGACAUUUAAGUGCAGUGAAAUAUUUUAACAUUUGUAUGUGUGUUUUGAUGUUUGAUUUUGUAAAAUCCUGAAAAUAGUGUUUUAUUGUUUACAGAAGCUCAAAUAGCCUACAGUACUUGAUCAAUUUCCAUGUUCAGAUAGCAAGGAACAGCAUAAGCCAUUUUUAUUGCACAUGUUUAUACUACGCAUUUAUGGGGCUUUCUCACUUAGGAGUGUUAUGGAGUGUGUGCGCGUUUCCUAGAUGACCAUGAUAAGAGGUUAGAUGAUUGGUUGUGGGCUAUGCUGUGUAUAAAAAAAGUAAAGUUCCCCUUUCAGACCUUGUGGUCUAUAUGGCAGAUGAUGUAAAGGUCAUCUGUUUCUGUGGCCUGCGGUUAACAAGGGUGUCAUGUGGUCAGCAAAGUGACCAACCGCCUUUACUUUUCCCCAACUAAUUAGAGCUGGGUGGACUAAGAGGCACCCAAAGAUCCCGAAAUUAAAAAUCCCAGUCUUCACCAGUAUUCGAACUUGGGACCCCCGAGUCAAGCGCUUUACCGCUCAGCCACUACGCCUCCCUGUGCUGUGUAUAAUGAUGAAAUAUGAACUUAUUUGUCAUAAUGCAGAUGUUAGGGAGAUGAUCUAGAGAUUUCAAACAGUAAAGAAGUGUUUUUUUUAGAGAGUUAGAUUCUGUUUAAAAUACUGUUUUAUAUUAUUACUUCUAGAUUUAUUUCAAUUAAGUUGAAUUAGUCUAUAUUGUAAUAAAAGUUAUAUUUAGUUUUGUAAAAGAA